CUCUGAUCUUCUGUCCUCAUCUGAGCUUCGAACAUGGGCCAGAAAAUUAGCAGCACAACUUCUAACAAAAAGAAGAACUCAAGUUUCCUCUCCUUUCUAAAACGCUUCUCGCCCCAAGAACCCUCUUUGGACAGCAGCAUGUCACCAAGGACAGGCAUGUCGCCAAGGACAGGCAUCUUUGCCAAGCUGACACCACCAUCUGCAAUCAACCCCAAUGAUUUCACACGUCUUAUUAGCAACUGCAUCUCUUUUGCAUCAACCAGAACCCAGGAGUACCUUGUCUUCAAAGAUCCAGAGGGAAAGUUGCAGCCGAGUCCUCUGGCAUUAACUCAGGUCUUUCUGAUGACUUACAUCACUCAAAGCGUUAACCUCGACUUCACCGACACCUUCAACUGCACAGCCAUGACACCCGAGCAGCGCAUUCUCCUGGGAGCUGACUGGGUUUGGGCCAUCCUGGAGAAACCCACCAAGAACCCGAAAAUACAGAUCGCAGUGCAGGUCCUUCACCUGCCUGAAAGAGAGGAAGCUGAAGAAAGAGCAACCACCGGAAAACCCGUCAGCGAGUCCAUCCAGAUGGCCAGGGUGGAGUCCAGGAACAAGAACGUGUACCAGCGCAUGGUGGAGUUUUGCACUUCCAUUGGCAAGGACUGCUACGCCCUCUUCUUGUUCUUUGGAAAAAGGGAUGACAAGGAAAAUAUCUAUGGUGUCCUGAGCAACAACUUUGCGGCAGCUUUUGGAAAAUGUGACAAAAUAGACAGAGCUCUACUUGAGAACUUCUUUAAAGGUUCGAGGUAUUUCCAUACACCCUUAGGAAUGAUCCAGGCCAUUUUCACAAAGAAAACAGAUGAAGCGCUCACUCUAAUGAUUAAAUUUAGCUGAAGACUUGAGGUACUAACAUAUACUGUUAAGACUAAUGUAGGAAGUUUAUCGGCCAAUAAAAGUAGAUGGCCACUGAGAAGGUUCUUGUCAUAGGUUAAACAUACACUAUAAAAUAGAUAAUUUCUGAUGGAAUCGUGAGGGUUAUGGGACACCAAGUAUAAUGCUGCAUUAGAUCACAUCCAUAGCUUUUGGCCAAAUUAAUUAACGAGUAGAAAUGGGUUUUAAAAUUGGUCAAGAAGAAGUGAGCAUGUUAUUUACUACUUAAAUGCAUAAAAUAUAUGUAAAUCGACAGCUAACACCUUGUAUUCCUAAUAACAGCUGACUUAGUCUAAAACAAAGACACUGCAAAUUACACCAUAUUGGUUUUCCCUGAUUCAGUUUGGAAAUCCACUCUAUGGUGCAUUCCAUUCAUUCUUCAAUUCUGUAAAACACGCUAGAGCGACAAAUUGAUUUCCAACAUCAUAAUUUUGUGGGUCCUUCCCAACCAUGACAUUAGAUAUGGCUGCUAUGAGUAUAAAGUCAUAAUAGCUACAGGAAUAAACUAUUUAUUUGAACUUCUGUUCUAUGAUUGAGGCCAUAUUGGACUGUAAAUGAAUCUGAAUAUGACUGGAUUAUCCAUUGGAUGGAUUUAUAUUUAAUUUAAACCUACAUAAAAGUAUAUAAACUUGACCUCAUCUUGUAAAGUUUCUUGAGAUGACAUUUGUUGUAAUUCAGAGCUAAAUAAAAACAAACUAAACUAAAUCCCAUAUGUGAAGUAAAACCUCUCAGUCAAUGGUGUGUAGGACAAACAUGAUGCUAAUUCUCAGUUAACUCACUAAAUAUUUUAUGAGUCCAUGGAUUUACAAAUAUUCAGCGUAUAAAACGGUUUAGAGUGGAGAAAAUGAUAACAAAGGAGGUUAUGAUUGCCAAACUGACACAAAUUUGAGUUUUUAUAGUGCUAAGAAAAAAGUCUACUCAUUUACAGUUUAGGCUCAAAAUAAAAAUAUGACAACAAAAUAUCUGAUGCUGGCUGCAUAAACUAGCAGAAAACUCAAACUUAUCAUUGUGGACUUAAUUCCUGCAUUGGAAAUGAUAUCAAAUGAAAAAAUUAAAACAGCUUUUAAAACAAAAAAUAAUUGCUGUAACAUUUUUUCUUAUGAUCAAGUAGAGGAAAAGUAGUAAAUAAUCAUGGUAUGCAUACUCAAGAAAGAAGAAAGCAGAUUUCUAGGGUUCUGAUGUUCAACAAUUUUGAGCUUUACUUUGUCCUAAACUUUAAGAUGUAUGUAAAAUUAUGAAUUAACUGCAUCCCAAAAGUCCUAAUUGAGCACAAACGACUAUCUAUUUUACCCAUUACAAAUGAAGGCACUCCUUACAUUUGUCCCAAAAUUGUUCUAGUAAAACAUACAGUAACUCUUUUCAAAUAUGUAAAUAGUCUGUUUUUGUUAAUAUAUUUAAAAUAAAAAGCAACUGAAAACCAUACACAGUCAAGAAUCCCCUACUGCAGUAUGCAAAGACAGGUUACAGGAAGUGGUUUGGUAACUUUUUAUGUUUACCAGCUGCAGAUAGAAUUACAGUCUGUCUCACGAGACGCUUUUACAAGAGAUUAUUUAACAUGGCUUUUGGUUGUCCUUAGUCUUGCAAUAUAUGGUUUGCUGAUAAGUUGGUCACAAAAUGUUUCUUUAGAAAAAAAUGUCACUUGUAGCAUUUAUUCAUCAGUAGCUUGACAGGAAGGACAGAGAGAUAUGGGAGGACAUGGAGGACAUCGAACCUGGCAUAGCGUGUCGCGGACUGACUCUUCCACUGAACUACCUGGUGUUACUCAAAAUGUAUUUUGUUUAGUUUCCAUGUCUUAUCACGCCACUGUGUGACCAACAGCAACAAUGUUCGCAGUUUACAUACUUCAGGAGUACAAUGAAGCACCUAUACGACCAUAACAGGCUUUGUACAGUGGAAUACAUAUUAAGGUAAUUGCAUUGCUUGUCCAGGAAAUGUGUAUUAUUUCAACAAUGCAUAGUAAGACUGCAGCAUAACACUGCAGCCAAGCCCAAUUAAUUUACAAUUACUGCUUUUGUAUGCACAAGUGCUUAAUAAAUGUUAAUCCUAAUAUUAAA